UGUCACCAGGAUGGGCAGCUUCUGUGUUUUGGGGGUCCUCCUCCUGUCUCUGGCUCCAGCCGGCCGCUGCAACAAAGCCAAUAAGCACAAGCCGUGGAUCGAGACCGAGUACCAGGGGAUAGUGAUGGAGAACGACAACACGGUCCUACUGAACCCCCCACUCUUCGCCCUGGACAAAGACGCCCCCCUGCACUACGCAGGGGAGAUCUGCGGGUUCCGGGUGCACAGCGGCGGCGGGUCGGGCUCCAGUGCUUUCGAGGCGGUGGUCCUGGACAAGACGACCGGAGAGGGCCUGAUCCGGGCGAAGGAGCCGCUGGACUGCGAGAGCCAGAGAGAGCACACUUUCACGGUCCAGGCGUAUGACUGUGGGGAGGGGCCCGAUGGCACCAACAGCAAGAAGUCACACAAGGCGACAGUGCAUGUGCGUGUGAACGAUGUAAAUGAGUUUUCGCCGGUGUUUGUGGAGAAGCAGUACCAGGUGUCAGUGUCAGAAGGCCGGCUGUUUGACCGAAUUCUGCGGGUGGAGGCUCUGGAUGGGGACUGCUCCCCGCAGUACAGCCAGAUCUGCUUCUAUGACAUUGUCACACCCAACGUGCCCUUCGCCAUCGAUAACGACGGGAACAUCAAGAAUACAGAGGUCCUGGACUCUCGGCGGCAGCGGUUCUAUCGUUUCACGGUCACGGCAUUCGACUGUGGGAAGAGCCGAGCCACAGCCGAUGCCGAGGUCACCGUGGAGGUCAAGCCGACCUGCAAGCCUGGCUGGAUAGGGUGGUCGAAGAGGGUGGAGUACACCCCGGGAUCCGGCGGCGUGCCCCUCUUUCCCACGCUGCACCUGGAGACCUGUGAGGAGCCCGUGUGGAACAUCCAGGCCACCGUGGAGCUGCAGACCAACCACAUCGGGAAGGGCUGCGACAGGGACAGCUAUUCCGACCGCUCGGUCCGGCGGCUGUGCGGGGCGGUCCGAGGGGAAGUGGACCUGCUCCCUCCCCCUUCUCCUUCCACCAAUUGGACCGCCGCGCUGCCCACCCUGCCCUCCCCUGAUUCGUCGCUCGUGUUCUCCUUCAACAACUCCGCCCAUGUUGCCGUGGUGCCACCCCGGGCGGUCGCCAUGGUGAGCGGAGACCACUUCACCCUGCAGCUGUGGAUGAAGAGAGGGGGCGGGGCCCUGCAGGGAGGCCCAACCAAUACGGGACGGGGAGCCAAGAGGGAGGAGGAGACUAUCGUCUGCAACACUGUCAAGAAUGAUGACUCGUUCUCUCACUACUCUCUCUCUGUGCAUGGGUGUCGUCUGUCUCUCCUGUACUGGCCUGAUCUUGGAGCUGCUCGUCCUGUCAAGUUCCUAUGGAAACUGGAGCAGGUGUGCGAUGGCGAGUGGCAUCACUUUGUUGUCAGCGUGGAGUUCCCUGCUGUGACGCUCUACGUUGACGGCGUGACCUUCGACCCCGCGCUCAUCCACGACAACGGCCCCCUGCGAAGCCCCACCCCCCGCCCGCGGCUUUUCAUCGGAGCCUGCUGGGUUUCCGAUGACAAAGAGAAAGACCUCCAGAACAGCACUUUAGCAGAGACAGGGGAAACAGGAUAUUACCAAGCCCAUUUUCGGGGUCUCCUGGCCGGGGUCACCCUGCGCCCCGGCAGUGUGGAGCCCCACAGUGUCGUGGAAUGUCUGUACGCUUGCCGGGAGGGGCUGGACUUUGGGGACCUGGAGUCUCUGGGCACGGGCAUGAAGGUCCAUGUUAAUCCCUCCCAGUCGGUGCUGGUGCUGGAGGGGGAUGACGUAGAGAGCUUUAACCGGGCCGUGCAACAGGUGACGUACAGGAACUCGCUCCGGUUCGCCACGCCGGGAGUCAGGCCCCUGAAACUGGCCACCUCCCUCAGGUGUUUCAGUGAGGAGGGCUGCCUGUCUCUUCGGCCCUUAGAAGGAUACCUGGUGGUCCUGCAGCCGGAUGCCCCCCAGAUCUCUCUGUCUGGCGGGGGACACCUGGUCCGGCCGGUCGGGGAUUUCGAGGCGGCCCGGGGGGUCGCCCUCUUCCCCGAGCUGAGGAUCACGUGUUCCCUCUCCCACUCCAUCAACACCGCGGCCGAGGGGAUGGAGGGAGGAGCCCUGAUGUCAGAUGCUGUUGCCCACACUCUGGAUGGGUGUGAGGUGUCCCCGGUGGGGGAGGAGCUUGACCCCGAGAGGGAGGAGCUAGUCCUGGAGGCGGAGUCAGUGAGGGAGAGGGGGCUGGAGCUCACCAACACUACGGCGUACAUCGCACUGACAGGCCCAGAGUCCAUCUCUGUGUAUGAGGACGUGUUGCGCUCCCUGCGGUACCGGCUGGCCCGUGGGUCGGCACUGUUUGAGAGGAGGUUCCGCCUGUCCUGCUCGGAGAUGAAUGGGCGAUACACCAGCAACGAGCUGACUGUGGAGGUGAAUUUCUUGCACUCCCUGGAUGGCCUGUCCCACCCCUCUCACCUCCUAGCCUCUCAGCAAUUCCUGCACCCCUCUCGUCACUCCGGAGAGCUGGCUGGGCACACUCUGGCCCACGCGCAUCGCAACUCAGUGGUGCCAGGUGCCGCCACGGUGAUCAUCGUGGUGUGCGUGGGCUUCCUGGCUCUCAUGGUCGUGCUCGGGAUCUUCCGGAUCCGCUCCAUCCAUCGCCGGAGCGACGGGCAGAAGGGCGGGGCCAAAGAGGGCGGCAGCGAAUGGGACGACUCUGCUCUCACCAUCAUAGUGAACCCCAUGGAGUCCUAUGAGUCUCGAGUCUCAGGAGACGGAGGAAUGGACGGAGAUGAAGAAGAGGAAGGGGAGGAGUCUCCAGAAUCCCCCCCUGGAGAUGCCCCAGACGACCAGCAAAUCAUCAUAAAGAGAGAUUGCCGGGAACACGCCCCCCGUCGCUACUGAUAUCCAAUCACAGCAGAGUUAAGAAACUGGGAUACUAGCAGCGGCCAUCUUGGCUCCGUUUUCCCUUCACUUUGUAUAACGGCUUGGCUGUUGCCCAGUAUCCCAAAUGGCUUCUGUUUCCUCAGAAAAAACGUUCAAGCCAAUUAGGUCCAGACUGCACAGGAGAAUUUUGUCGGAUUGGAAACUGGAGCCCUUGGUGGCCUUUAUUCCUCUCAUCCCAUGCUUGUUUCGUUUUGGAGUUUUGUCCUACUUUUGAGCCAAAAUGGAUCCAGCUUCUUAAUCCUCCUGUUACGGUCUCCAAGUGUUAUUUAUUCAGCAAUUCCUUAGUAUAUCCCCCAUCUCUUUUUCCUUAUUAAUCAGCCAAUGAAAUUAAUGGAGCCCAUGAAUGACUCAUGAAGACCAGCUCUAGAAACAACAGUAUAAAUGCCCUUACUGCUGAACAUCACCGGCACGCACACAACACAACCUCAUUCUAUAAUCUACUCAAUAAUACACAACCUAUUGUAGAGUUCCAUGCAAUCCACACACGCCACAACUGUAGCUACUUUCCGGCAAUCCGUUUAGAAUAUUCUACACAAGUUGCAACAGGUUCUGCACCGUGUUGUGCUGCGUGCACAGCCCAGUGUUUCGUACAUAACCUACAAUAUGAACUCUGCAUACAAUCAGUACCACACGAGCCCUGCUUAUUCAACCUGGAUGUCACAGUUCAGCACAAUAUCUAAAACCUAAUCCCUGGAACUGAGUCUUUGACCCACAAUUUGUCUGAAAUACACUCACCUGUGUAAAUCUGGGGUGUUCUAGUACACACCAAUUUCUAGUGGGCCAUCUAACACCAGAAUCCACAGUAUACGGACAGCACAGGCAGUAAACGCACACUUUCUACUCUCAAAAACUACUACAAAGCUGCUGAUAUAUAAAGCCCCUUCACUCACCUCUAUCUGUUGUCCACAUCGUGCUUCGUAUUCAGUGUUUACUACACAAUCGUGACUACACAAUCCUCCUACACACUCUCUAUUCAGAAUGUCAGCCCAGUUACUGGGUGAUCUUGAUUGUAUUGAUUCCUGUAAAUAGAAAAAUAUGUUAUUAUUAUUAUUAUUAUUAUUAUUAUUAUUAUUAUUAUUAUUAGCUGCAGCUCCCCCGCAACUGUGAGGGGGCGCUGAUCUUUGUUGAACUGUCAUUUUUAUUUCGCCAAUUCACAAUGACUUGCUCUCCCGCCCCCCCCAUUAUUAGCAGAUAAUAAUAAUUCUAAUAAUAUCUUGCUUGUUGCGUGUUUAACUGAGUUGUGUGUCUCCGCCCUGCAAUGACCAGCGUCGUGUAAAUUUGAUCUGAGUGUACUAACCUUGCUGUUCAUUCCUGUGGGUACAAAAAAACAACUUGUCCUCUCUCUCUCUCCUCCUCUUUUUACGUUUCUCUGUCUCUCUCAGUCCUGUCUCUACCUCGGGAUUUUCCCCUCCUCCCAGGCCCUCGAUCUGUCCUUCUCCUUCCUCGCCUCUUCCCCCUCCACUGCUGCCUCUCUCUCUCUCUCGCUCCUUGUUGGUGUACAGUGACCGUGUCUGUAUCUGAGCCAGUGUUCUCCUUGUUUUAUUGACGUCACGGUUCUGCAGAAGCCUCUUAUUAUUGUAAUUAUUCUUCUUCUUGUAAAACAAGAUUCCUAAUAAAACAAAAUGCAAGAAUGAUGUCAAAAUAG